AUGCCCGCCAUCGCUGUCGGCGCGCAGACCCUCAAGGCCGAGCUAGAGGUCGCUCAGGCCGAAACUCCAGAGCUGGAAAAGGUGCGCUGGUGGGCGGAUCCCGGACUGCGAAAGCUCUACUUCUGGGCGGCUGUACUGUGUGUGGCAUCCGCGACGUCGGGUUACGAUGGGAUGAUGCUCAAUACCUCGCAGGGUCUUGACGCGUGGCAGGCCUACUUCCACACCCCCCAGGGCUCCAAGCUGGGCUUGAUGAACGCCAUCUUCCAGAUCGGCAGUCUGUGCAGUUUCCCCUUGGUUCCGUAUAUGGCCGACUGGUGGGGACGGAAGGUUCCCAUUGCCGUGGGCUGUCUGCUCAUGAUGCUGGGUGGUUUUCUGGGGGCGUUUUGCAACGGAUACGGCAUGUACGUCGCUGGCCGUCUUGUUCUCGGGUUCGGCAACAGCCUCACUCAGAUGUCAUCUCCUGUGCUCUUGACGGAGAUCUGUCAUCCUCAGCACCGAGGCAAGGUCACGGCCGUGUACAACUGUCUGUGGAAUCUGGGCGCGCUGUUCGUCGCCUGGAUUGCGUGGGCAACUAUGCAGAUUCCGAACGACUGGUCGUGGCGGAGUCUCGCGUUGAUGCAGGUCUUCCCUGCCGCGCUGCAGCUGGUCUUCCUCUACUGGGUCCCCGAAUCCCCCCGCUGGCUGAUCUCGAAAGAACGGUACGACGAAGCGCUGGCGAUGCUGGCCCACUACCACGCCAACGGCAACACCCAGAAUGCCACCGUCCAGUUCGAGUACCGCGAGAUCAAGGAGACACUGCGCCUCGAGUUCGAAUACCAGAAGACGAGCAGCUACCUCGACUUCAUCCGCACGAGGGGCAAUCGCUACCGCCUGGCUAUUCUUGUCUCGUUGGGCAUCAUCUCCCAGUACAGCGGCAACGCGCUGUUCAGCAACUACAUGAAUCUGAUCUAUGAGGGCAUGGGCAUCACCCGGCAGGAUCAGAAGAUUCCGCUGAAUGGAGGACAAACCUUGCUGUCGCUCAUCGUCAGCGUCGGCAGCGCGUUCCUGGUCGAUCGCAUCGGGCGACGACCAUUAUUUUUGACUGCGACAGUUGGCAUGUUCCUCAUGUUUCUCGCCUGGACCAUCACCGCGUCGGUGUACGAACGAACCAGAGACGUCACGACGUCUGGCUACCCCCAGGUUGUCUUCGUCUGGUUGUUUAGCGUCUUCUAUGCGCUGGCCUGGUCCGGCUUGCUGGUCGCCUACUCGCUGGAGAUUCUCCCCUACAAGCUGCGUGCCAAGGGGCUGAUGAUCAUGAAUCUGACUGUGCAGGCGGCGCUGGCGUUGGGGAACGAGACGAACCCCAUCGCAUGGGUAAACCUGCCGCAUAACUACGAUCUGUCUCUCAUCUACACCAUUUGGAUCUUCGUCGAGCUCCUCUUCGUCUACUUCUUCUACGUCGAAACCAAGGGACCGACCCUGGAAGAGCUGGCAAAGAUCUUUGACGGCGAGAACGCCCAGGUCGGACAUGUCGAUCUGCACGAGGUUGAGAAGGAGCUUGAUGCUGGGGACACCGAUAAGGGGACUGCGACGUUGGUCGAGAGGGUUUGA